AGAAUAAAGCUGUAAGGAAGUACUAUUCGCCUUUUUCCGGUUAGACUACUUCCGGCUUGACUGCGCGUGAGCAUACAAGAGCAUGGACAUCAGACCAAACCACACCAUCUACGUCAACAACAUCAAUGACAACGUUAAGAAGGAAGAGUUGAAGCGUUCGCUGUACGCGCUCUUCUCGCAGUUUGGUCAGAUCGUGGAGAUCGUGGCCAUGAAGACUAUGAAGACGAGAGGUCAGGCCUUUGUGGUCUUUAAGGAGCUCACUGCUGCCACCAACGCACUGCGCCAGCUGCAAGGUUUCCCCUUCUACAACAAGCCCAUGAGGAUCCAGUACGCCAAGACGGACUCUGACGUCAUCACCAAGGGCAAAGGUUCUCACGGCGAUCGAGACCGGAAGAAGGACAAGAAGAAGAAGCCUCAGGAGCCAGCAGCCAAUGCCGCCAAGAAAAGCGCCUUGGUGCCGGUGGUUCCCAUGCUCAUGCCAGCGCUGCAGGUUCCUGACAACCCGCCAAACUACAUCCUGUUCCUUAGCAACCUGCCUGAGGAGACCAACGAAAUGAUGCUCUCCAUGCUCUUCAACCAGUUCCCAGGCUUCAAAGAAGUGCGUCUGGUGCCUGGCAAACACGACAUAGCGUUUGUGGAGUUUGAUGGCGACAUGCAGGCGGGCGUGGCCAAAGACGCGCUGCAGGGCUUCAGGAUCACGGCCACGUGCGCCAUGAAGAUCACCUUCGCCAAGAAAUAGGCGGCCAUCUUGGAGCGCCAAGAGACUCUCACACAUUGUAGAUUCACUUUUGUACUUUUUCUUGUUUGUUUCCUGUCCUUCGUGAGCUCCUUCUGUGUUGUUGUAAUAAAGAAGACUUUCACACAG